AUAGGGCCCUACUGGAAUGGCGACCGUUCGCUCCGGCCUGAAGCUCACUGCGUAGGUACUGGGCCACUGCCUUCUGCGCGACGGCCGAACGGCCCGGGGGUAUGGGGGCUGGGUGGGGAAGGGCGGGGGUGCGCGCGUCCUGCGCGCCAGGACGUGUUUACACAGAGACGGACGCUAUGGACGGCCCUAGACGGCCUGCAAGAACGCGAAAUAAUCACAUAAUCAUGAAUGUGAUGUUGAUGUAACUGUGAUUUCUGUGAUAUUUGUGAUAAUUUGUCGGUCAUUUCGACGUCAGUUCGUCGGUUUGUGGCUGUUUCGUGUUCUUGUAGCUAGUUUGGGGGGACGCGAUAGGGUUUACUGAAUGACUGACUUUGAAUGAAUGACGGAAAGACAAUUAAUAUCUCUAUGGAGGACUUUGACGAACUCAACGACUCUGGUAACACAAAUGUUUGGGAGGACAUUAGCUUUUUCGACGACUUGGAUGACCUUGAUACGGUGACUGUAGAAGUGGCGACGGACGCUACUGACUCUACGCCCCAACGACAAAGAAAACCAAGGAAACCAAGGCCAUCUUUAAAUAUUAAGUGCGGUCGCUGCCCUGCGUCUCGUCACAAAUUUGCGACGGUCUCAGGGUAUGCUGAGCAUCUGAAGAGCCAUGCCUGGGAUGAUAUCAAGAGUCGGUUGGCAAGUGAAGAGACCUUCUGUGGCUGGGCCAGAGAAUUGGGACCCAAGGCUCUGAAGGACUUGGGGGCCCAACCAAGGACAUCAACGGGCUUUGGCCCAGCCACAACAUCAUUCAUUGAAGGAAUUGACUGCCACAGUCAAGAAUGGGCACAAUUUAUAGACUUUGUGAGUGAAAACCUAGUGCGCCCCAUCCACAAAUACAUCUCACUGCUUCCAUCCCACCUUCUGGAGAAGUCCCAGUCCAGUGUGCUCCGCUUUCUGGCAAAUGCAGACACCAGGGCUCAGGCGCAUUUCCUCCUGAGCCGUUGCCACUCGGAGGAAACCCCUGCAGUGGUGGUGUCUGUCGUUUGCCAGAAAGUUGUGUUUCGUGUAGUGGAGCUCACUGUAGCGCAACAUGUGAAGAGGAUGAAAGACAGUGCCAGCACCCGCAGAGCCAUCAGCAGGAUCACCGGGCGAGUCAUCAAGGUGAUCCACCACUGUGGUGGGUCUGUGGUAAAAGGGUUGCUGCGCAAGUGCUUCAGGUACCGUCAUGAUCCAUGGUGGAACCAAGUUACCGAGGUUGUGAGAGGUAACUUUAUCCCUGGUGCUUCCGAAAGUCCCUUGGAGGGUGGGGCCAGUGAGUGGACGGAUGUACUCAACAGGGGCGGUCUUACUCUGAUAAGUAAGAACGCCCUUGCAUUCUUCAAGUCUCUGGCAGAAAUUCUUGGCGACAUGGAGAAGCAGGACAGAAUUGCCUCCCAUGUUCAGCUCAUUCAGGCAGUGUACAAGAGCCAAGAUGCUAUGAAGAAAUGGGACGAGCUGUGCCAAGGAAGUCUCCCUCACAAGGACUCAUUACAUCUCAUGGUUCUUGUGAGUAGAGGCUUCUGCAACACUUUCUCCAGAGGCGUCAUCAGGAAGCGGCUCAACAAGACCAAGAAGUUCACAUCCGUCCCCCUGCGCCCCAGAAUGGCCAGGUAACUUUUUUUUUCCACCAUGUAUUGUGAGUUCCUCAACAUUAUUAUUUAAAUUCGUA